AUGAAUAACAAACAAAAACUUUCUACAAAUUAUUUUGUCGGAUUGGUACAGUGUAAAGUGAAUAUUCUCGGUUACAGUAAUGUACAGUAUAUAAUAAACUGUCACAAAAGCUGCAGGUGAAAACCAGCGGAAACAUACUUAUAGCCGGCAGAAAAGCUUGCAAAUUCAUCGAGGCAACCAUUUACACAUCGAAUUGUAUCGGAUUCAUAUGCUUCCAGAUGCAAAGCUUCUACUUUUUUUCCAACUCCAAAAUUUUCUGUUAUGGCUCAAAACUGAAAUGGUUUUCUAUUGGAUUCAUCGCUGUGUUUGUAAACGACAACAUGAAUCCGCGGUACUAAUACGCACAUUUAAUGUGUUACACUUCAGGCUAAACAUGCUAUAUACUGUAUAAGUAACCUUCAGGGUGACGUCGAGUUUUAUUUUACAGAAUAUACUGACAGCUUGUACAUAUUUAAUAUUUUUUUUAAAAAAAGAUGAUGAUGAAGAAGGAGAGGAAAAGGCAAAAUUGAUCAACGAAGUGCUUGAACUUCAAAAUACCCUUGAAGGUAAUGAUAGAUUCGUUUGUGAUAGAACUAUAAUUUCUCAAUGAAAACAAGAAUGCUUUAUUCAUGUUGUCGUUAUUAAUAUGAUAUUCAGUUCACUUUGUAACAAAAUCGCAGAGAAAAUCCAAAUGUGCAAAACCAGAUUACUAAUUAGACAGAUUUAGAAAAUUGGACACGGCAAACUCGACGGCCCAAUUUCAAAAGCUUCAAGGAAUUUGAGCACUGCAUAAUUUGGUUACUGCAAUAAAUGUAUCAGCUCAGGACAACAAGGUGUACAGUACGUAUUUUUCGUUUUAGAUUUAUCUCAAAGAGUUGAUGCUGUUAAAGAUGAAAAUCUCAAAUUAAAAUCAGAAAAUCAGGUAAAACUAGCUGUAGUUGUUAAUUGCUGAAAAGGCAAUCGGUUUGUUGUUUUUGCAACUUUUCAAUAUAUUUUUUACUUCUGCGAGGAGAUUAUGUUUUCUUCGUCCGCGUUUGUAUGUACAGUGUACAAUAUGUGUGUCUGUCUGUGUCUAUGUGUUUUUCAACAGGAUAAUUUUAAAAAAAUAUCAAACGUAUUAAUACGAAAAUUUGUGGGACUAAUGGACAUUUUGCCCAAGGAUCAAAUGAUUAAAUUUUGGUUAAAUUUGCAUGAAAAUUAAUCAGAAACUAACAAUGUUUGUCUUGCUUUGCCGGACAGAGUAAAUUGAAUGCGUAUUUAGCCCAUUGUAUAAUUUAUCCAUCAUACAGAAGGUAUGCCAUCUCCAAAUGUUUUCCAGUCGAGUCAAUUUUACCUCGAUCUUGGUAAUUUCAAAUAAUAUACAACCUUGCUACAAGCAAACACAUCUUAUUGACAAGUUGUUGGAACAGCAUUAUCACAACUUGUCAACAAGCUUCCUACAAACCUAUUGGAAACACAUCUAUCUUGUUGACAAGUUGUUGGAACAGCAUUGUCAUAACUUGUUAACCAGCUUGCUACAAACCUAUUCCAAACACAUCUUGUUGACAAGUUGUCAGAACAGCAUUGUCACAACUUGUUAACACGCUUGCUACAAGCCUGUUGUAAACACAUCUUGUUGACAAGUUCUUGGAACAGCAUUGUCACGACGUGUUAACAAGCUUGCUACAAGUCUGUUGAGGAGUCAUCUUGUUGACAAGUUGUUGCAACAACCUUGUCACAACUUGUCAACAAGCUCGCUACAAACCUAUUCCAAACACAUCUUGUUGACAAGUUGUUGGAACAGCAUCGACACAACUUGUUAACAACCUUGCUACAAACCUAUUGCAAACACAUAUUGUUCACAAGUUGUUGGGACAGCAUUGCCACAUAUUGUUAGUCAAGCUUGCUACAAGCCUGUUGAGGAGUUAAUGAACUUGUUAACAAGCUUGCUACAAACCUAUUGCAAACACAUCUUGUUGGCAAGUUGUUUUAACAGCAUUGUCACGACGUGUUAACAAGCUUGCUACAAGCCUGUUGAGGAGUCAUCUUGUUGACAAGUUGUUGGAACAAGCCUUCUCACAACUUGUUAACAAGCUUGCUACAAACCUAUUGCAAACACGUCUUGUUGACAGGUUGUUGGAACAGCAUUGUCACAACUUGUCAACAAGCUUCCUACAAACCUACUGCAAACACAUCUUGUUGACAAGUUGUUGGAACAGCAUUGUCACAACUUGCUAACAAGCUUGCUACAAACCUAUUGCAAACACGUCUCGUUGACAGGUUGUUGGAACAGCAUUGUCACAACCUGUUAACAAGCUUACUACAAACCUAUUCCAAACACAUCUUCUUGACAAGUUGUUGGAACAGCAUUGUCGGAACUUGUUAACAAGUUUGCUACAAGCCUUUUAAGGAGUCAUCUUGUUGACAAGUUGUUGGAACAACAUUGUCAUAACUUGCUAACAAGUUUGCUACAAGCCUGUGGAGGAGACGUCUUGUUGACAUGUUGUUGGAACAGCAUUGCCAUGUUGCUAACAAGCUUGCUACAAGCCUAUUCCAAACACAUCUUGUUGACAAGUUGUUGGAACAGUAUUGUGAAAACGUUUUAGCAAGCUUGGUGCAAGCCUGUUGAGGAGUCAUCCUGUUAACAUGUUGUUGGAACAGCAUUGCCUCAACUUGUUAAGAAGCUUGCGACAAACCUAUUGCAAACACAUCUUGUUGACAAGUUGUUGGAACAGCAUUGUCACAGAACAUUGUCACAGAACAUUGUCAUAACUUGUCAGCAAGCUUGCUACAAACCUAUUCCAAACACAUCUUGUUGACAAGUUGUUGGAACAGCAUUGUCGGAACUUAUUAACAAGUUUGCUACAAGCCUUUUAAGGAGUCAUCUUGUUGACAAGUUGCUGGAACAACAUUGUCACAACUUGUUAACAAGCUUGCUACAAACCUGUGGAGGAGACGUCUUGUUGACAUGUUGUUGGAACAGCAUUGUCAGAACUUUAUAUUAACAAGCUUGCUAGAAGCCUGUUGAGGACUCAUCUUGUUGACAAGUUGUUGGAACAUCAUCGCCACAACUUGUUAAUAAGCUUGCUACAAACCUAUUGCAAACACAUGUUCUUGACAAGUUGUUGGAACAGCAUUUUUUUGUUGACAAGUUGUUGCAACAGCAUUGUCUUGUUGACAAGUUAUUUUAACAGCAUAGUCACGACUUGUUAACAAGCUUGCUACAAGCCUGUUGAGGAGUCAUCUUGUUGACAAAUUAUUGGAACAGCCUUGUCACAACUUGUUAACAAGCUUGCUGCAAACCAAUUGCAAACACAUCUUGUUGACAAGUUGUUGGAACAGCAUUGGCAAAUGUUGUUAACAAGCUUGCUACAAGCCUGUUAAGGAGUCAUCUUGUUGACAAGUUGUUGGAACAGCAUUGCCACAACUUGUCAACAAGCUUGCUACAAACCUAUUCCAAACACAUCUUGUUGACAAGUUGUUGGAACAGCAUUGUGAAAACUUUUUAGCUACUGUAGCUUGGUAGAAGCCUGUUGAGCAGUCAUCCUGUUGACAUGUUAUUUUAACAGCAUAGUCACGACUUGUUAACAAGCUUGCUACAAGCCUGUUGAGGAGUCAUCUUGUUGACAAAUUAUUGGAACAGCCUUGUCACAACUUGUCAACAAGCUUGCUGCAAACCAAUUGCAAACACAUCUUGUUGACAAGUUGUUGGAACAGCAUUGGCAAAUGUUGUUAACAAGCUUGCUACAAGCCUGUUAAGGAGUCAUCUUGUUGACAAGUUGUUGGAACAGCAUUGCCACAACAUGUUAACAAGCUUGCUACAAGCCUAUUGAGGACUCAUCUUGUUGACAAGUUGUUGGAACAGCAUUGUCACAACUUGUCAACAAGCUUGCUACAAACCUAUUCCAAACACAUCUUGUUGACAAGUUGUUGGAACAGCAUUGUGAAAACUUUUUAGCUACUGUAGCUUGGUAGAAGCCUGUUGAGCAGUCAUCCUGUUGACAUGUUAUUUUAACAGCAUAGUCACGACUUGUUAACAAGCUUGCUACAAGCCUGUUGAGGAGUCAUCUUGUUGACAAAUUAUUGGAACAGCCUUGUCACAACUUGUCAACAAGCUUGCUGCAAACCAAUUGCAAACACAUCUUGUUGACAAGUUGUUGGAACAGCAUUGGCAAAUGUUGUUAACAAGCUUGCUACAAGCCUGUUAAGGAGUCAUCUUGUUGACAAGUUGUUGGAACAGCAUUGCCACAACAUGUUAACAAGCUUGCUACAAGCCUAUUGAGGACUCAUCUUGUUGACAAGUUGUUGGAACAGCAUUGUCACAACUUGUCAACAAGCUUGCUACAAACCUAUUCCAAACACAUCUUGUUGACAAGUUGUUGGAACAGCAUUGUGAAAACUUUUUAGCUACUGUAGCUUGGUAGAAGCCUGUUGAGCAGUCAUCCUGUUGACAUGUUGGAACAGCAUUGUCACAAAUUGUUAAGAAGCUUACUACAAACCUAUUGCAAACACAUCUUGUUGACAAGUUAUUGGAACAGCAUUGUCACAGAACAUUGUCACAACUUGUCAACAAGCUUCCUACAAACCUAUUCCAAACACAUCUUGUUGACAAGUUGUUGGAACAGCAUUGUCGGAACUUGUUAACAAGUUUGCUACAAGCCUUUUAAGGAGUCAUCUUGUUGACAAGUUGCUGGAACAACAUUGUCACAACUUAUUAACAAGCUUGCUUCUAGCCUGUUGAGGAGUCAUCUUGUUGAGAAGUUGUUGGAACAGCAUUGCCACUACUUGUUAACCAGCUUGCUACAAGCCUGUUGAGGAGACAUCUUGUUGACAAGUUAUUGGAACAGCAUUGGCACAACUUGUUAACAAGCUUGCGACAAACCUAUUACAAACACGUCUUGUUGACAAGUUUUUGGAACAGCAUUGUGAAAACGUUUUAACAAGCUUGGUACAAGCCUGUUGAGGAGUCAUCUUGUUGACAUGUUGUUGAAGCAGCAUUGCCUCAACUUGUUAAGAAGCUUGCUACAAACCUAUUGCAAACACAUCUUGUUGACAACUUGUUGGAACAGCAUUGUCACAGAACAUUGUCACGACUUGUUAACAAGCUUGUUACAAACUUGUUGAGGAGUCAUCUUGUUGAUAUGUUGCUGGAACAGCAUUGCCAGAACUUGUUAGCAAGCUUGCUGCAAACCUAUUGCAAACACAUCUUGUUGACAAGUUGUUGGAACAGCAUUGUCACAAAACAUUGUCACAAAACAUUGUCACAACUUGUUAACAAGCUUGUUACAAGCCUGUUGAGGAGCUUCUUGUUGACAUUUUGCUGGAACAGCAUUGCCAGAACUUUUUAACAAUCUGGCUACAAACCUAUUGCAAACACAUCUUGUUGACAAGUUGUUGGAACAGCAUUGUCACAACUUGUUAACAAGCUUGCUACAAGCCUGUUGAGGGGUCAUCUUGUUGACAAGUUGUCAGAACAGCAUUGUCGCAACUUAUUAACAAGGUUGCUACAAUCUUGUCGAGGAGACAUGUUGUUGACAUGUUGUUGGAACAGCAUUGUCACAUGUUAUUAACAAGCUUGCUACAAGCCUGUUGAGGAGUCAUCUUGUUGACAAAUGUUUGGAACAGCAUUGAUACAACUUGUUAAUAAGCUUGCUACGAACCUAUUGCAAAGACAUCUUGUUGACAGGUUGUUGGAACAGCAAUGUGACAACUUGUUAACAAGCUUGCUACAAACCUACAGUAUUGCAAACACAUCAUGAUAUAACAUAAAUGUUACAAGGGUGACGACACAAUAUUGUUGUAUAAUGACUGUAUCGGACUGUAUGAAACAACCUUGCAACAAGUGUGAUAAUGUCAUCAAGCUUGUUACAAGUUGUUAAAUGCUUGUUGACAACUUGGGACAAGCAGUGCGAACACAACUUGUUCACGGCUUGUUAGCAGACUUGCUACAAGAUGUGAGAUUUUUACAUGUGUAACUUAACAGUUACCACUUGCCCGGGGCAAGUGAAUAUCAUGACGGGCAAGUAAUGUUUUACCUUGCCAGAUUGGGCAAGUUGUCUUGUCACAAAAAGCUGGGCAUCUUUAAGUUUAUGUUUUCAUUGUCAGAUAUAAAUUUUUUUAUAGGGCAUGUACUUGAUUCUAAUUAGGUUUUUCGUGGGCCAAAUCUAGAUAGCCAUAUAGAGCAGUGGGAGAAUUAAGGGUCUACAUGUUGUCCACUUAAGUUAUAUCCCCUACCUAUAUACAGUAGGUACCCUAGUGGCCAUUGUCUGAUGGCAAGUGAAUUUUAUUCAGGGCAACUAAUUUUCAUGUCCAACUUGCCCUGAGGGCAAGUGGUCAAAAAAGUAAAGUUACACAACUGGAUAUCACAAAAAUCUCAUCGAAUAACUGUUUGUUAUGUGUUAUUCGGACAACCGCAUUUCUAUCCAGCGUGAGUCCGCUUACAAGAAUUGUUUACAGCAAGAUAUUGACUGAGGAUAUUUAUUCCAGGUUCUUGGUCAGUAUAUUGAAAAUUUGAUGUCAGCAUCAAGUGUUUUUCAGGCAACUAAUGCUCCGACGAAAAAGAGGUAUGUAUUAAGGCAAAUCGUCGUGAAUACCGGUAAUAGAUGUAAAUAAUGAUUGGGUUGGGCCUUUUGUAUACGUACAUGUACAUUGGCGUUUUUAAUUUUAGCGUUUUUAUGGGGUUUUUUUGGCGUCUUAUAAUUAGCGUUUUUAAUUGUCUGCAUAUGUACAUCUGUACUGCAUCAAUAAUGGUUUGUAAAUAGAGAAUAAUACAUGGGUGCACGGAUUCAUGGAGAUACCAGAUUUAUUUCGAGUUUUGAACAUGAUAUCUCGAGAGUGAGCGCGGCGAACGAGUGAGAUAUCAUGUUGAACAUGUUCAACAUGUUCAACACGAGAAAUAAAUCUGGCAUUUCCAUGUAUUUUUCUGUUUAUUAUAUAAAGGACAGUCUUUGAAAAGCGAUAAUUAUUACAGAAAAGCGAUAAUUGAAAAGCGAUAAUUAUCAUAAAUAAUUUCACAUGUGAGAUUAAUAUAGGUUAUCAUAUAAGGGAUGAGGUGAGGUCAGUUUUAUCGCUCAAGGGAUGAUAUCACAAUUGUCACGAGCGAGCGCAGCGAGCGAGGGACAAUUGUGAUAUCGUCCCGAGAGCGGUAAAACUGAUAUCACCGAAUCCCGAGUACGAUAACCUAUUUAUUAUAUACUUGUACCUUUAUCAGGGUUUGACACCCAAAAGUAAACAGUUUUGAAAAAAUAGGAUCAUUUUAGAAUUCAAAAAAAUUUACUGAACAAAUAUGAUUUUAGAAAAUAAAUAGACAAUUCAUAUAAAUAAUAUACAAUUUAAGUCUUUCGUUUUGUAUUAUCGCUCUUGUUUCCUUCGAUAAAACCAGGCCUUAAAAUAUCGGUCGGUCACGGACAUUGUCCGACCCAUUCGUGAAAUUGUCCGACGUAGAAAAGAAACCACCGGACAUUCUGUCCGACCUAAGUGAAACUGAGGUUUAUUGUUUGUCCGACCCGAGUGUAUUGGUGUCCGACCGAAAUGUAGCUUUGUCCGACGUAAAUCAAAAUGUACCCUAGCCCAGGAAGCCAGGAAUAGAGGCAGACUUGUAUGUUAAAUGGAAAAUCAGAGUACUAUUGUAUAAAAGGUCAACUGGAAAUGUUGUUUUAACGUAGACGAGCGCGGGGCGGCGAGCGACAUGGUCAAGUGGAAAACAGGCUUAAGUUGUCGAAGUCUUUUUGAUACUGCUGUUCUGGCAAGUAUGUAUGAAAGAAACAAAUUAUUUAAUAUCUUUACAACAUUUACCGUUUAUUCAUUUGUGUCAUUCAGACUUAUUUCCGAGUCAAAAAUGAACUGAAAGUCAUCGGACAUAUGUCCGACCCAAACUCAACGUCACCGGACAUUUUGUCAGACGGCCCUGAAAAAGAUAUUUUAAGGCCUGGAUAAAACUGUCGACAUCAACCAACACGAACCUCGAGUCGGCCAUCUUUGUUUUGACAAGGUGCGAAAUUUAGCGGGACAAAAAACGAUAUCCGGGACAAAAAACGAUAUCCGGGACGAUAUCGUUUUUAUGUCCCGCUGCUUCCUACCUGAUAAAGGUACAAGUAUGUGAUAAUCAGUUUUAUCAGUGCUUUAAAUAGUACAUAAAGCACUAUACUUUAUAUAAUAAUAAUAAUGUUUUAAGCAUCGUGAAUCUGUAGUGAUGCAGUUUAGAGUAUUGACAAUUUAUAGAAUUUUAAUGAUUUGCAGAUCACAUUUUUUUCUAAAAAUUGAUUGGCUAGUUUAAUUCUGUGAUUUAAUUUGAUUUGCUGGUUAUACGGUCCGAUUUAAAUAUGAUUGCUUAAAAAAUUAUACGAUUUAACCGCAAGGUAACGCGUUAGAGCUUAAAAUAGUGUGCUUUAGGAAUUGAUCACACUGUUUUGAGAAUAAAAAUAGUUUAAUAUUUUUGUUCUAUUUAAUAUGCAUGUUUUUGUUCUAUUUAUCCAUGCUUUAUCUUUUUUUUGUUUAGGCAAGUGCCAUCUAGACCAACCC